AUGCAAAAUUUACUUCCUUCAAUGCAACCAGAAGAAGAACUUGUAUGGUCCUUGUAUUCCGAAACAGGCAUAGCCCUAACCAACAUGAACCUGGCUCUCAGUCAUCCGAAUGCAGACCAGACAAAGCUCCGGGCUCUAAGAAGUUCACUUCUCGAAACAAACAACACUCUACAAGAACAGUUGCGUUUCUUGAUCCAGGCGCUGCCUCGCAAGUCUUCUCCUCCACAUGAAGAUGGACAAGACUGUCUUGAGAAGGCAGUAAGACUCAUUCAAGAGGCUUCAAUGUAUACGAAGCGACCUAAUAUACCCAAUUCUGAGUCGACUCUCGAGUGUGUCAACGGAAAGUGGACCAGAACGUACGGAGGACAGCCAUUGGAUGAUGCUGGACAACGAACCACGGCUGUGGGACGACUCAAACGAGACUACGAUUCGCAAGUGUUGAACAUCCUCAGACUCGAGCUGGAGCGCAAUUCCUUGCAGUUGCAGGUUUUGGUGCUUGAGAACAGGAUCAGACUGCUGUCAGGAAAGCGAUAG